AUGACUACUAACCUUGCUAAAAAUACUUACUAUCCUUAUGUUCAAAAGUUCUUCAAAAAACUCCGCAAAUUCGGUCUUAAAUUCCGUUACUACUGUUGCGCUGAAUAUGGUAGCGACUUUGGUCGUCUUCACUUUCACGUUAUCCUCUUUUCACUCAGCCUAAAUCAGAAGUACAGACCGUACCUCGUUAAUACCUCGCCGAAGAAGAAGAGAAGAAAGCCGCGUUUACAGACGUACUUUGAGGCAGAAUUGUCCACGCUCCUUUCGGACAAAUACAAAAUCGGAUUCGUUGAAAAAGUACAGGAAUGUAACGCUGAGGCGGCACGAUAUGUAACUAAGUAUGUUUGUAAGUGCCAGGCGGAUGAGGAGCACGAUAAGUGUCCGUUUCAUCGUCAGUCUCUUGGUCUUGGAACUCAAUGGCUCUACAAAAAUAAGGAAUUGAUAGGUCGCGAGGAAAUUGAGCCUAUUAUGCCUAACAAUCAGCGUGGCGACUUUACUUAUUUCUGUCCUAUUCCUAAAUAUUAUCGCACUAAAUUCAUUAAGGCUUAUGGUAAUUAUCUUCAAAGAUGUAUCAAUCUCGUCAAUACUAACGAUGAUACAUACCGUUCUCAAUUACAUAGUGAACCUGUUCGUUAUCCAGACUUGUUCAACUUCAAAUUAGACUCAGAUUAUGGUAUCUACAAAGGAGACAUUAACGCGCGAUUUCGCCAACAGACAACUCCGUUAUGUUACUCAGGAAUGGACACGCCACCCGUUAGAGACGAAUUUAGCGAUGACAGACUUGAUGGAUUAUCGCUUGACUUUUCGGAAAAUCCGUUGCCCGUAAAUUCGGAGUGGCCGGACUUGACCAUAUUAUUUCCCAAUGGCGCAUACGUGUUAUUGACGAUACACGAAAAUUGCGACAUUCGUCAGAAAUAUCAGAUAUGCAAGUACAUUCAGGCGAUUUUCAACCUACGUUAUGGGAUUAUGACAGAGUUGAACAGGAUAUAUCAUAAGUCAAAACAAGUGGUAUCAUUAUUGUCUUGA